UCCGAGCACGCCCGUUCUCCUCACAUCCCCGCCAGCCAGGCUGACAGACGCACGGGCGGGACACCGAACCGAGCCGACCGGCACCAUGGCUCUCCUGCACCCGCUGCCAAGCAGGAAACAUCUCCUUCCGUGAUGGAUUGCCACCAUGGGCCGGAUGUGACGACUCCCUUUUGUUUAUUUUACCAAUCACAACUUUUGAUGCUGAAUAAUCAUGGGAACAUGGCGGGACCUACGAGUGGCUUUCAUCCUGGGCUCUUUAUUCAUGGUCCUGCUCAUCAUUGUCUACUGGGAUGAUGUUGGGGGCUUCAGCCUCCACCCAUUUCAAGAUCUGAAACAAGAGUCUCUUCAGAUUACGACAGCCACUUCACCGCUUGCGUCCACCGGCCGAGCACAGACCAGUUCUUCUUUCAACCUCUCCACCCCCACCACUUCCAGCACUACACUUAUAUCAAAAGGAGCAUCUCAGAAACGUGCAGAGGAGGAGCAAAAGAAGCAAUCCAGGGAAGAUGUGGAGGAGAAGAUCACUCCCAGUACUGUUGGCGAUAGGGAGCAGGAGUUGAGGAAGCAGAGGAUCACUGACGUGUGCUCAGGAAAGAACAACUUUGAAUUCCCUGAAAUGACUCGAGCAUUUGAACAAAUCCCCUACAGGGAGCUGGAUCACAUGAUAGUGGAUGAUACACACCAGAUUAUCUACUGCUAUGUUCCCAAGGUAGCAUGCACCAACUGGAAAAGGGUCAUGGUGGUUCUGUCUCAGUCUCUCAUCUCACCGUCAGGAAAACCGUACACUGACCCCGAAGCUGUGCCCGCUGACCUUGUCCACAACUCCUCCAUCCACCUCACAUUCGCCAAGUUUUGGAGACAUUAUGGUUCAUUGUCCCGCCACCUGAUGGCAGUCAAGCUCCAGCACUACACUAAGUUUCUGUUUGUACGAGACCCUUUUGUGCGCCUUAUCUCUGCAUUCAGGAACAAGUUUGGAAGGCCGAACGAGGACUUCUACAGGCACUUUGGUUCGAUUAUGCUGCACCGCUACGGUAAUGUGUCUGGGAGUUUGCCAGCGACGGCUGCUGAAGCGUUUGCAGCAGGAGUCAAACCAACAUUUCAGCAGUUUAUCACAUAUCUGCUAGAUCCGGAGACGGAGAGGGAGAGCAUCUUCAAUGAACACUGGCGACAGGUUUACCGUUUGUGUCAUCCCUGUCAGGUAAAGUACGAUUUCAUCGGACAUCUUGAAACCCUGGAAACUGACACAAAGCACCUACUGAAGCUGUUGAAGGUGGAUCAUCUGCUACGUUUUCCUUCAGGGGCACAAAACCGCACAGCAGCCAGCUGGGAAAAGGACUGGUUUGCACAGAUACCCAUUACAACAAGGAGAGAACUGUAUAAGUUGUAUGGACCAGACUUUGAACUGUUCGGCUACCCUGAACCUGACGGCAUACUCCAGCAGUAGACUAUACCGAACCAAAGGCCUCGGCACCUCACUGUGUGAAGAGCCCAUGUUUUGUCUGCCUGUUCACAGCCAUCUCAUGCAUUUUCAGACAGGUCUGUGAUGCUGUUUGUCUCAGUUAUUUUCUUCAUACCUCAAAUGACAGAAGUGCCUGCCAGAAAUAUUUAAAUUUUUUAUCAUUAAAUAUAUGAAGCACAUUUGUAUACAAAUUACAGUAUCCAAGUCUGUUUUCCCCAUGUAGAGGCACUUUGAAUAGAGAAUUGCGAACUGUUAUGUAUUUUGGUAAGUCAUAGGUGAAGCACUGAAGCUUACGGUAAACUUUAAGGGAAUUAUGUUGC